AUGCAAGACCCUUUUGACCAGAAAAAGCAGGCUAUUCUCCAUGAAAUAGGUGCUACCAAUGGAGGAAUCCCCGACUCGUCGCCCAAAGGGUCCAUCGACGAAAUAUGCAUACCCAUCAUCAACCUCAUCAACUCCAACCAAGAUAUGGUCACAACGUCGACAUGUUCGGGAAGAGUGUCUGUUUUCUUGGAAGGCGUGAAGGAUAUAGGAAAAGAAGAAGUCAAGAUCGGCUCAAAAGGCAACCAAGGACACUGGAUAUUUGUCACUCACCACCCCGAGGAGUUACCUGGAUGGUACGACAAUGUGGAUUUCAAGUUCCACCAGCAUUGGGAGACCAACUCCAACACUAGGCACAUCUUGUACAAGUUCGAACCAUUGAUCUUGCAUGUCAAAUGCCGUAACUUGGCAGCUGCCAACGCGUUGUACACCACUGCCAUGAAUUGUGGGUUCAGAGAAAGUGGAAUAGGAAGCAACAACAUCGUGGCCAUAAGAAUCUCCAUUAAGUUGGACGUUCCCAUCGGAUACUUGGAAGGCGAAGAUUACGUGUCGUACGUGAGUAAGGAGUAUUUGGGAAUGAUAACCCAGUUGUCGUUAGACAGGUUCAGGGAAAACUUCAAGAAAUUGGAUGUCUUGCACAAGGCUAUUGAGGCCAUGAGGCCCAAGCAUCAGGAGAAGGUCGAGACCAAGGAGGAGAGACGGCAACGGAAGAUCGCCGAGGGCAUGGCCAGAAGGGACGGCGUGUUGAAGCAGAAGGAAGAGAAGAGAAGGGAGAAGGAGUUGAAGGAGAGGGAGAAGGAAAGCCAGUUGAAUACACAACAAUAG